CAGGUGAGCGCUUUAAAGCCGGUAGCGCUGAUCUGGUGGACUGAACGGUAUAAUUCUCGGUCUGCCAAAUACGCAGCAUUACAUUUUGUAAAAUAAAAGACCGUAUAAGACGUUAAAUUCGUGGCGUUACCAGCUAAGUGAUGGCUGGGGAAGGAGGAGGGUCGGAACAACUGGACCCGGGCGCGCUGAGCGCCGAGCAGCGGGAGAAACUACGACAGUUCAAGAUCAAAACGAGAAUCGAGAAUGAAAAGUAUUUGAGGUCACAUCCAGAAGUGGAGGUGCUGCUAAGUGAAUUCCUCAGAGAUGUGUGUCUUAAGAGGCCUGCUGACAUUCGGGAGUUUGCAGCAGGUCACUUCACCAACCCUGAUCUCCCUGUGCUUAUUGGUGCCAAAAUGCAGGAAAACAGGGAUAAGGACUGAAACAGAAAACACCGUUCCGGUGCUGCAAGCCUUUGUGUUGUGCAUCUUUUCUACAGAGCGUUACAUUGUGGUACAGUUUGUGGUUUAAGGUGGAAUGAUGACGUCACCAUGUGCAAGUUGUGUGUCCCAGGUUUCUCUUGCUCCGUAGGUAGCAUUUUGCCGUCGCUGGGACCGGCGAGCCCGUGACAGUCUGCUCACUGGGGACGCAUCCAGGCCAGCUAGCUAAACAAGCCACAUAGCAAGACAUAAACUUGUCCCUGUUGCUAAUGAGUCAUCAAGGUGUGUUAAUUAAAGAAGGACAUCCCGUGAGUAUAUUACAAGGCAGGUGGCGUUUUAUUUGUUAGCCAGCUUCUUCCGUGGAAUAAGAGAGACUGGGCUUGUGUACCGUAUGGUUGUUAUCAGGUGAUACAGUGACGGAAAUCUAUUGAUCAUUUACUUUUUUCUGUGUGUAAAUAUGUCCCACCCGUCCAUUUGAUUGUUGUCUUCUUUUUUUAACGUAGAUAUACUGUCUUAAAUGGCAACCUCAAAAUCUCUGUUACUUUUGGAUAAUAAAGCAACAAUCACC